AUGGAUAUUUUUCGAGACUUUUGUCAACGUGUUCGAGGAUGGCAGAUUACUGUAGAGCCUUUGAUGUUUAUUCUAGCCGCUAGUAAUACUGCAGUGUGGGUUUUUUUCUGUUUUCAGAACUUGUUUUUCUGACCUCUAUCAGAAAAUUUUGAAAAAAGGAUCACCGAAAAAUAAAGAUUUUUGAAAAACCCUGGACCAUUGUAGAAACUUCUAUGGAUUUUUAAAAAUUUAACUUUUUUUUUCAACCUUAGGACUUCUUAAAAUUUCAAAAAUAGUUUUUUUUUCAAAGAUCCCCAUCGCAAAGUAAAAAAAACAUAUUUUUAAAAGUGAAAAGUGUUGUAAAUUUUUUUGAAUAAUUCAUCUAAAACUUCAAUGAACAUUUAUCAAAUGUGUUUUCAUCUGGCCAAAAUUGCGAAUUCAAAACUUCCUGAUUCUUCCAUUUCAGAAGUAUCGUGUCGCCAGCGCUGAAAGAGGGGAAAAUGAAGCGAGUUUAUCCGGCUCCACCAGAUCUUCACGGUAAAGAUUUGGACAAAUAUUAUAAUAAGAAAAAUGGUGGAAUGGGAUAAUUAUUAUGAAUAUGUGAAUUUACCGAUCGCUUGUAUUUUUGGCAUUAUUUAUGGUGGGUUUACAUUAGAAAAAAAAAGAAAGAGAAAAAUUGAAAAAAAAAACGUUUUUUUUUCAGGAGGGUUGAGUGAUCGAUAUGGAAGAAAAUAUCCGUUGCUGAUUGGGAUUGUUAGUGUGAUUUUUUCGAAUGCUAGUAAGUGAGAGAAGCAAGUUACAUAUGACUUAUCAAAACUCGUUUUCCAGUGAAUAUCCUGAUCUGGGAUCAAACCACUGACUUUAAUUUGAAUUGGACUUAUCCAACAGCGGUGCUCACAGGUUUUCUUGGAGAUUUCUUACUGACUAUGAGUUGUAUUAACGCUUAUAUUGCUGACGAGUUUCCAGACAAGAUUACUGUAGGCUCCUUUUAUUUCCUCCUACAAAAAAAUCAUUUUUUUUCAGCUUUCAUAUCGUAUGGUUAUUGUAUCAAUAUUAUUUUCGUUGGGAUCAUUUGUUUCUUCAAGAUUUGUGAAACAUUUAGUAAAAUGGACUUCAAAGAUUACUGUAAUGAUAAUUGCUGAAGGUGUUUAUCUUUUCACAUUUCUCAUAUCUGCAUUGAUUUUGAAGCAGAAAAGACCGUUGACGAAAGCGGAACUUUUGCAAGAAUCUGAAGUGGAGAACUUGGAGCGGUAAGCUUUGACCCAGGGUUCUAGACACAAUUUUCUAGAAUUUUUCAGUCCAACAAUCAUGCAAACAAUAAAAUUAUCAUUUAUUUCAAUUUACGAGGCUGCACUAAUUUUCACGGUUCCCAGAGAAGGAUAUCGAAAAAUAUUUUUAUAUCUUUGCUUUUUUGCCAAUUUUUUGGAUCAAUUUGUUUGGGGAGAGGAAAAGGGUGAGUAAUUAGUGAAGAGUUGGAAGAGUAAUUGAUUGCGACAUUUUUUUUUUGGUUUUGGAACUAUUUUGUUUUGGUGAGGAAGGAGAGGAGGAAGUUUUUGGAUGAUGAAAGAUCAGAAAGGUUUUUGAUUGAAAAAUGUUUUCAGAACAGAACUUUCAAUUUUAAAUUGAUUUCUCAAGAUUUGAAUCUGGUUCAAAUAUUUACUUUCUAUGUACAAUUAAAAAAAAUCGACCUUCAAAUUCAGUUAAAAUUAUGCCACGUCAUAUAAAAUCCUUCUGCAAAAAAAUAUCUCAAUGUUUUCUUCCAAAAAAUUAAUCCUGACAAAAGCUUUGAUUGAACUUCGGAUUAUAUUUUCCUGGUUCGAGGAAAAUCUGAUAUCAAAAAAUGUGUUUUUUUCCAAUGAUAAUUCAGCUUGAUUCAAAACUGAACUUUUCAUAAAACAUGUCUGAUUUUUGGAAAACAUGAUAAAGAAACCAACCGAAAACCUGAAAUGUUCUACUUUUUUCAUAUCAAACUUAUAAAUCCUGAAAACUUUUGCUAAACGAUCUCAAAAAUUCCUGUAGAUUUUAACUCGAAUUUUCAUUCCAGGCCUUCUUGGGACCUAUGUCCGUCUACCUCCCUUUAAAUGGGACACUUCAACAUACGCCGACUACAAGUCUUGGCGACCAAUUGUUCGUGAGUUUUUUUUUCCAUUUUUUGAUCUACCAUACACAGUAUUUUGAUGUCAGAGAUCGUUGGAAUGUCAAUUGGUAUGCUAUUUUUCAAAAGAAUUUGUCAUUUUCGAGACACUUUUAUUAUUGUUCUCGCAAUUUUGAGUAUGGCUGGAUGCGUUUUGAUGAUCGGAUUAGCGCAGGUAUUUUGUUAAAAAAAAAUCAUGACUCAUGUUAGGAUUAAAAUGUUUACAGGCUUCUUGGAUGAUUUUCGCUAGUUUAGGGCCAGGAAGUUUACAUGGUCUUUUAAAUCCGAUGAGCUAUACAUUUAUGGCAUGUUUGGUGGAGCAAGAUGAGAUUGGAAAGGCGUUUGCGAUAAGUUCAAUUGCUCAAAAAUUGGCGGGAAUUGCUCAAAGUUUAAUUUUACAAAACAUUUAUAUUCAAACUGUAGAUUGGUAUCAGGUUGGUAUCGUGGGUGGUCUGAGCUCAAAAAAAAGAAAUAAUUUUCAGGGUUUCGUUUGGCUGCUAAUGGCGGUAAUAAGCUUUUUGGCGGCUGGCAUUUACUUAAUCGUACAUCUAAUGGCAAAAAAAAAAGAAUGUAGGAUCAUAAACAGACGAAAAUGCAUUAGAUUAAUAUAUGUGUAAAAUGAAAUGAAGAUUGAAUAGAUUACUGUAGUUUUAUGAUCUUCCUGGGUGGUCCGCUCAAUAUUUUAAGUUAGCUUCGUGUCCAUGGAUGUUAUAACUGAAGAAAUUCAAGCGAUUCGUAUUGUGUGGUCUAAAGCGUGAGUUUCAGAAUCUUCUUUUUUUGAAGGGGAGGGGGGGGGGGCAUCGAGAAGUUCAUUUUUCAUCUUGGGUGGUCCCUCGUUUGCUCUUCUUAGACAACUUUCAAAAAAAAUCACUUAAAUCAAUCAAACUUUUGUGGCCCCGUAAAAUCCAUUAACUUAUUUCUGAAAAAGGUCUCCGUCAUUUUGUAAUCAAUCAAGCUUCGUGUGUGGUCCCUUCUGAAAAAAAUGUCCUCACGAAAAACCCAUUUAUCACAUGAUUUCAUCUGACAAGUCUAGAAAAUUGAAAACCUAUGUACUUCUGAAAAGGGAUAUUCCAAGGUCCUAGCAAACUAAAUCACAUGGGUGGUCCAAAUAAAAAAUAUAAAAAAAAGAAAAAAAAAGAAAAGAUGUCAGUUUCAGCAAAGUCAAUCUUAUUCAAUCUCUUUUUUUGGUUUUCAAUCAAAUUUGUUUUAUUUUCUGAAUGGUCUUUGAAAUUGAAAUUUUCAAUGUGGGAGGUUUGAAAAUCUUAUACAAUAUUGUUUAACAAUUUCUUCGUGGGUGAUCUUAAUCGGAACAUUCAAUUUCUGAAUAUUGAAAUUUUCACCGUGGGUGGUCGAUUGUAAGAGAGCCAGCUUCAAUCUCAUCAAUCUAGUGCUACCCAAAUCAAAUUAUGUUUUUUUUCUGAAAAAAAGUUUCAGCUUUUCUAAAGUGCCUUCUUCUUCUUUUUCUUCAUCUUAUUUUUCGCGCGUUCAAAACACAACACAACAUUUUGGUAUGUCUAAUCCUAUCUUCUCCUUAUGACCUCUAUUUGUUUUUUUUUGUUCGGUUCAUUCUUUUCCACGAUUUUCUCUCUCGACCAACACAAAAAUCAAUAAUUCAAAGAAACCAAAUCAAGUUUUUUUUCCGUUUUUGUGUGUUAGAAAAUGUUGGAAAAAAUCUGGUUUCUGAUGUUUCAAACAUUUUUCUUCUGUUCUGUUUCAUUAUCAUACAAAAUGUGUUAUUUUCACAGCUGCUCUUCUUUUUUUCCUUUUUUUUUCAUUUUCAACCAGAAAAAGAACAAAAAAACCUGGGAGAAAUUAUUGAUUUUUUCUGUGCCUGCGUGUUUUUAAAACAUGCUUUUUUGCAAAAAUUUUUGUUGCGGCUACAAAAAAUUCAUAGCAUUUUUUAUAGUUUUUUCUGGAGGCUAUAGACUAUUUUUGAAACUAUGUAGAACAUUUUGCUAAAAUAGAAUAGAUUCACGUGUUUUCCAAAAAAAACACACAAUCCGUGUACUUCUCUCGGAAACGAAUUUAGCAGAAAAGGAGAAAAAGACGAGAGAGAACGCUGUUUGGUUUUCUCGUCCCCCAACACAACACAUUUUGUGUAGUUCUCUCGAAGGAGAGAAAAAAUGUGUUUGAUUUCUUGUGCAUUUUUUAUAUUAUUGCGAAAUUCUUGCUUUUUUUGGAUAGAUUAGAUUAAUUGAAUUAUGUAUGUUGAAUUAGAUUAAGUUUGGUUUGAUUUUGAACUAUGUUGUUUUUAAAAGAGGUAAUUUAGUUCAACAAAACACGGCGAAAAUUGGCCAAGUUAGGCUAAUUCAAAUUCCACCCAGGGAUAUUUUUAGGGAGGAAAGAAAACAUUGGAAUGAAUCAUUGAUUUAAUUCGAUUUGUGGUAUCAUUUUAGAUAUGUGAUGUUUUAUCUUGUGAUAUGUAUGAGAAAGAAAAAUUUGAGAGAGAAAAUGAGACGACAAUUUUUGAACUCGUGUCAGGCUUUUUUGUGAUUUUUGAGUGAAGGCUUUUUUUCACAAUUCAAAAAUUUGCAAUCGUGGUUUAACUAUCAGAAAUGUGUUUUUUUCAAAACCAUAACAUUUUUCUAGAUAUUUCCAUAAUUCAACUCACAAACAAUAACAACUUUCAAAUUUUUGUGAGAAAAAUUUUUGCAGUCCCCCAUUCAUUUAUCAAGGAAAUAUUUUUAUAAGACCUCCCUUGAUUAAACAUUUUUAUGCUUGAAUUCCAUAUUGCUUUUCAGACCUGAAAAUUAUCAAUUUAUCAAUGGGUACUUGAUUUUUGAAGCUAUUUUUAUCUCAAACUUAAAGUUUAAAGUUGCUUUUUGAUCCCCAAGAAAUUUUGAACAAAAAAUAUCAUGUGUUUUCCAGCAAAUUAUGUACAGGGGUGAUUCAUAAAAACAUUCGUCGGCCUCAAAUUAAAUUUUAUUUGAAUAUUUAUAUGUGUCAGACUUUAUUCAUUGAUUUUGAAGCUUCUAUAAAAACAUCGGCUUGCAAAACAUUGUGUUUACAUUUGUUCAAAUUGUUUCAUCAACUUGAACUUGAACUUUCAAUAUUUACUUUGAACAAAAAACAAACUUUGUUCUUAACCAGCAUUAUAGAAGAAUUAAAGAUUCAGAAACGCACAUUUUAUAAAACUAUUUUUGAAUUCUCAGAAAAUAUUGAAAUGAACUGUAGAUUUUCACGUUUCAAAGUUCACUUCAAAGAAUGCCAUGUUUUCCCCUCGCUUUUUUCCGGCGCGAAACAAUACCAUUAGCCACAUUGUAGCCUAGCCAGCUAAUGUUCGUCUCCACGUUUUUCUGUCCCUUUUUUGUCUCUUUUUCUCUGCGUCUCUCACUAUGUGAUAGGUUCUAAUGAACCUGUGAAUUGACCCUGCAGCAGUCAAACUGUUUUGUUUUUUUUUUUGCAUUUUUUUUAUUGAGUUUAUGAAUUGUGGAUUUUUAAAUGAUAAAAAAUAGGGAUAGAUUUUCUAGGGAGAAUGUGGUUGAGAAAACUCAUUUUCAGAAGAUUAGAAAGUUUUAGUAAUUUUUUUGUUACAAAUAUUUCCUAAGAUCGUUUCACUUUUAAUUUUUUUUUUGAAAUAUGUAUUUACAUUUCGUGAAUAAAAGUUCGAAGAGAUUUUUGUGCAUAAAAGUGACCUCAAGAUCCCUAUUAUAUCUAUAAUUCUGAAAAUGUUCUAGUUCAAACUAUUUUCCUGCGUUAAAUUUUCUCACGUUCAAUCACACGAUGUGCGUAGUUUAGUUUCAUCCAAAUCAAAAAUUCAUGAGCUUUGUACUUUAAGAUUUUUUGAGAAUUUCAAUUCUUGAUAAGAGAUUGAAUUCUGACAUUGAGUUUGAAAGUUAAGCAAAGAUCUGCCGAGAAUUUUGAAAAUUGUUUUGCUAGAAGAAAUAUUUUUGUGGAAUUUUGAUCUUUAUAAACACUUCUGAAUGUUAUGUUUUCUGUGAAACAGUUGGUUCUCCCCAUUUUUUUUCGUUCAACCCUUCUGGAUCGCAUCCAAAAUUUCGUGAUUUAUUAUUUUAAACAGUUGCAUUGAUACUUCGUGGUUCACUGCUGUUUAUUUAUUACCUUUGUUUUAUGGACUCUUUUCCGCACUUCCUAGCACAAAUUUUGAUUUAUUGCUUCAUUUUUGUUUUGGAUUUUGUUUACAUAAUUCAGUGGUUACUUUAUCGGAAUCCCAUCCAUAGAUUCUUUUCAAUCUGAAUAAUGUUAAAACUUUCUGGAUGGUCUUUGAGAUUCUGAAUUUUUCCAUGUCUAAUCCCAUCAAGAAUUUCCCCCAAAUUCACCUCAUAAGCACUUGAACUACGUAGCCAAAAAAAAACUCAUAAUAAAAAUAAUAUAAUAAAAAUUGAACCGAACCAGAACAAAACAGAAUAUGUAGAACAAUUGAAUGAAAUCCUAUAAUCCCCCUCCAAUAUUCCAAUAUCAAAAUCCAACAAAUUUUGUGUCUCUGUGUGCGGAAAAAAAAGCAUCGCGCCAACCUUUAGGCUCCGCCCCCUCCCCUCCAAAAAAUUCUCUCGCUUUUCAUCUUCUUCUUCUUCUUCUUUUGCCCUCCUGCUACACCGGCUGACUAUCACUGUAUAUUUUACGUCACUGUAUUUUAUUAUUCUAACAUUUCAAAUUCGAAAUGUCACGUUCAAAAAUGUCUCGAAAAAUCAUGUCGAUUCGAAAAUUCAAAUUCAGAUCUCGCAAAAUUAUGAAUGAAAAUUCGACGGGUUCUGGAAAUGCUGCGACGGAGAAGAAAAAGUUGAGGCAAAGGUUGACUGGUAGAUUAUCGAUUGAUCGAACCGCCAUUUUUCAACUCAUUGAACAGGCAAGUGCACAAAAACUCGAUGUAGUUUCUAGCUCUUUGUUUACAUUGAUUUUGUAGUACGCACUUUUCCGACAAAAAAUGAUGAUUUUUCUGGUUUUCUUUUCAGCUUUGCUCCGAUAAUGCUGCACAUUUUGAAAAAUCAUUAGGUGCCAAUGGAUUGUACACUGAAAGAAUGCCUGGAGUUUCGAGGAAGCUUAAAGAAUCGAUUGAAGUUCUGAAGGAGAAUAUCAAGAAGCUUCAGGAAGUUGCGCCGAAAUAUGAUUUCGAUGAGAAAACGCCUGGAAAUGGUUAUAGGUUGGUGUUUUUUUGAGAAACACUAAAGUGUUUCUGGAAAUUAUGUACUUUGAGAUUGUGCAAUUUCAGGUUGAAAAAUCUUAAUCAGUUCUAUUCAAAAAAAUGAAUACUUCUUGAUAAGAAAAAAAGUUUUUUAUGGAAAUAAAAAAAAAUGUCUGAAAAAAGUUAAAAACAAAUUUUUUGAAGAAGAAACUGAUUAUCAAAAAAUUUUCCAGAAGCUUGGUUUGCGUUUGCGAUACAGUACUUCUCCACGUUGUCUCCUUGCAAAAAGCAGUAAUUGAGCAACGUUGCUCAUUCGUCUUCCGGCUUUCACAUUUCUGCAAAGAAUUGGAAUCAUAUGCAACAGUUAUUGAUUAUCUCAACAAAUCCAUACCGCUAUGUUUGGAUAUUGAGAAAAAUAUGAGGGGAUCACUUUUUCCACCGCUCGAUGGAUGUUAUGAAAAACAUCAAGAAGUACUAAAAAUUAUGGAACGAUUAGAUUCAACAGUGUUUUUUGGGAGACCUUUAGGAUUUCAGGUGAUUUUGAAAAUUUGAACAAAUUAAAAAAAAUUGUUUUCAGUUCUCACCAUCGAUCAACAAAAUUUUCCGAGUCAUCGGAAUUGUUUUGGCAACUUAUAGUUUGUCUUGGGAGAAAGGACAUGGUCCGAUUGGGAGUCUUAUCAAUACGGGCAGGUUUUUCUUGAGCCCCGAGCAAAGAGCAUCGAGGAUUAUUAAAGUGACCAAGGAGGCGGAUAUUGAUUUUUGUAAAGGGUUCUGGAAUUUGUCAGAAUUAAGCAAUGUGAGUGGCUUGGGAGUUAUACGAAAUCAAGAGACAGUAUCCCUAUAAUUGUGCUCUCUGAUCUUUUCCGAAAAAAGGAAACAUUUUUGCAAAAACUAGAUUUCUAAAAAUCUGGAAAUUCGUCUUUUUAUCUGAUUAGUUUUGGCUUACAUUUUCCUAAUCGAGUUUUUUCUGAACUUUUUAUGGGGAAGCUGGAAUUUGAAACCAAACAUUCUUGAAAAUUCAGAACAUGCCAAAAUUCUUCUGCCCGAACAUGGCAGUCAACGAAAUCCGUGAAAUCGCUCUCAACGGUCCGAUUCCCAUGGAAGGUGAAGCUGGAGACAUUGUUAUGGUUCCCGAGCCCUCAGCCCAUACCGGACCGAGACCAGUCCAGUAUCGUAUUUUUUCAACGGUCCACAGACAAAACAUGUCAUCUUCUCCAUUAUCCACCACACAUCCACCAAGCAAAUAUUUGGUGUUACAUUGUCAUGGCGGAGGAUAUGUGGCGACUUCCAGCAAGUCACAUGAGGUACGGUAGCUUCUAGGAAAUUUAAAAAAAAAAGUUUUGUAUUCUAGACAUAUCUUCGACAAUGGGCGAAAUCAUUGAAUUGCACUGUGGUUUCUGUGGAAUACAGUUUGGCGCCAGAAAAUCCGUUUCCAAGACCAACUGAAGAAGUUUUGUUUGCUUACUCAUGGAUUGUGAAUAAUCCAGCGGCUGUUGGUUAGUUUUUUUGUAUUUUCGAAUACAUUUUGGAUUUUUUUUUAAUUUGAGAAGGAGAAUUUUGAAAGGGUUUCGCUCGGAAUUCGAUUAAAAAUUUUGAUAUAAAAAUAAAACCUUAUCAAAAAGUAGACAUUGUAACAUGAGCUAUGAUUGCCUUUUUUCGAAAAUCUGAAAGGUUAUUGAUGAUCAGAAAAAUCUUGAAUCUGAAUCACGGAUUCCAAAAUGUUUUUUUUGCUGAAUCCUGUUUGCUUAUUCAUACAUAAAUUGUGAAUAACAAAGUUUUUGUACACAAAAUUAAUUAAUUUUUUUUGUAUUUUUGAAUACAUUUUGAUUUUCUUCAAUGCGUCAGAGAGAAUUUUUUUCGAAACCAAAAUUUUUGAAAAACAAUUUUGAAGGGCUGGGAAUUUUAGUUUAACAUUCAAUUAAAAAUAUCGAAAACAAGAAAAACAUCAGAUUUAAAAAUAAAAGUUGACCUUAUCAAUGAAAAAAAUGACAGAAAUAGAAACAUUGUAAUAUGAGCAACGGUGUUCGAAACAUCUAAAAGCUGGUGGGAAAAUUAUGGUUGAAAAAAAUAAUGAAUAAUGAGAAAUUAACAAGCAUUCCUUCACUAGGAGUCUUUCUGGAUUUUCGAAAAAUUAACCCAAAGCUUUAUGGAAUUCUAAAACACUCUCAAAAUCUUUCAGGCUGGACAGGCGAGAAAAUCGUGAUGGUCGGUGAUUCCGCUGGUGGAAAUCUAAUUAUGUCAAUGAACCUCCGCCUCAUCGACUUGAAAAUCAAACGAAAACCCGAUGGACUUGUCCUAUGUUACACCCCAUUUGUAUUCCAAUAUCUUCCAUCACCAAGUCGAAUGCUAUCAGCAAUGGAUCCACUUCUACAUAUGGGUGUUGUUCUGCGAUGUGUUGUUGCUUAUACUGGUGGAUAUGGUGUGCAUUUGAAUAACAACAAUAAGCCGAAAAAGUCAUCGGAAAGUGAGGAUUCAUCGGAUCUUCAACAAGAUCAAUUGACACAUCGUAGCUUGCAAGAAUAUGUGAAUGAGGUGCAGAAAACCAAAGUGGAUUUUUCGGUGAGUUUCAAUUUUAUAUAUAUUCUGAAAAUCCAUUUUUUUCCAGGGUGGAUCUCAAUCAAUCGUAAGCCUUGUUCAAAAAUCACAUGACAAUCAAAACUAUGCAUCAAUGAAAGGCAAAUCAUAUUAUUCCUCAAAAAAAGAAAAAGAUGAAAAACCCGUUAUUGAAACAAAAUCAGACGAUCCAUCUUCGAAUUCAAAUCAAGAAAAAGCUUCCAACUCUGAAUCUGAAAAUUCGGAAGAGGAUGAUGAUAAUGACGCAUUUGAAACGACAAGUAUCGCAAGUGUUCAAGUCGAUUCAGAUCCUUAUCAUAUUCAAUUGAAUUCGACGAUUUAUGAUGGGAAUUUGAUUGAUUAUUUGGCACAACAUCCAAUCACUAAAGAUGCCAUGAAUCGAGCUGAUGAUGAAAUUGAGGAUGAUGGAGAGAAUAUUGAAUUGGAUAUUGGAAAAGAGCCACCGAUUGAGCAAGGGUUGGAAAUUACGUGAGUUUAGGGAGGCUUUUACGAUAGAGUUCUACAAAGAACCUGGAGGUUUAGGAUAAUUUUCAGAAGCCUGAAGUAAUUUUCUAGUUAACAAACAUUUCUGAAAAAAUCUGGAAUUGUGAAACAAUUCCCUAAAUCUUGGGAUUUGGAAUAAAUUUUGAAUAAAUUUGACAAAAUAAAGAACAAUUUUUAGCUUCCCUCUGAAAUCUCGAAAAUUAAGAUUAUUUUUCAAUUCUUGCAAAAUUUCUUAACCCGAAUUCCUCUCCGACUAACAUAAUCUUCAAUUUUCCCAUGCUCCACAACACUUCCUGAUUCUUGCUCUCAACUUUGACCUCAACAAUGUUUUUUUUUGAACCCACGUCAUGUUUUUCCCAUAUGUUUUUGUUUUCAUUUCCGAAAAUCCCUCCUGCUCUUGAAAUAUUCCCACAUUUUUUAUCGGGUUCAAGGAAACAAGGGAUUUUACAAAAACUAGAGAUUUUGUAGCAAAAUACGCAUUUUUGUAGUCACGAGAAUGUUUGCUCAAUUUUUUGAACUACAAAAAACUUGACUAAAGAACAAUUUUUUUUCUGAAGAGGGGAUAACUGAAAAAAAUUUCAAAAUAAUUUUUCCAGUGAGCACAUGACGAUUGAAGAGGAAGAUGAGACUGAUUCGGAAAUCGCCACUCUGCCACCAGCUCCACCACAAGAUCCACCAAAACGACCGCGACUUUUGCAUUUGUUGAGCAAUAUGACAUCAAGAGAUAGCAGUUCACAGACGGCUCCUUCUACACCAGCACAACAACAAGUUGCGACAACUUCGACUGCCAAACCGUUUACCUCGAGCUCGUCGAUGAAUUCGUUCCCAGCGCCGAUUGUGAGUUUGAGGUUUCAGAAAAAAAUGAACUUUCAUAUUUUUCCAGCACAAACGUUCAUUAUCUCAAAGUCUUGCUGACACCGCUGCUUCCACAGCCGCCUAUGCUUUCGACAAUCUUCAAGAAUGGCUCGAAAGACCACCCAAAGAGAAGCAAAAAUUGGAACGAGCUCAAAGUCGCAAAGAAAAUGACGUGGAAGUCGAAGGAGAAGAAGCUGAAAAAGAGGAAAGACCAUCGCAACUUUUCGAACUUGUCACUUCAUCAAAUGUUCCAAGAGAUCCACUCAUUUCACCAAUUUAUGCCGACGAUGAAAAUAUUCGCAAAUUACCACCAUGCUAUUUUUUGGUUAGUUUUUUUUUGUCCAGUGAGGUCAAAUGACGCCACUUUGAAAUUUGGAGAAAAAAAAACAGAAUGAAACAUGUGUUUCAUUAGUGUGUGACAGUUGACAAAUUAAGUAAGAAAAUGCUGAAUUUAUUCAAUUUUGAGGGGUUGUUCUGAAAGGACUGCGGGAAAAUACAUUGAGCAUGAAAUAAUUUUUUUAAAAUCAAAAUGAGUGAAGAUAAUUUUUUUUGAUGAUAGGAAAAAGUUUUGAAUGUGAAAUGAAAAAAAUGUGCGAAAGUUUUUUGAACUCAAAAAUUUGGAUAUAAAAUAUAAAAAAAACAUCCUUAAAUUCAUUAUUUUGAAAAAUUGAUAGACAAUUUUUUUUUAAUUUUUAGAGGACUUUUUGUUGUAAAACUAAUAGAAAUUCAGAAAUCUAUGAAACAUUUUUUUCAAUUUUCGAAAAAUAAUUUACAAGUUUUUUUAAAUCCUGAAAAUGAGCUUCAGCUCUGCUUUUCUUUUCUGAAAAUUCAGAAUCUUUUUGAUAAAUUGAAAGUUACAUUUUUUGUUAUUGAAAUUAAAGUUCAAGAAUUUCAAAAAUCUGCCCUAAUUCCCAUAUCAGAAUAAAAAUCUCAGAUACUCCCUUCAACCUUGAUAUUUCCAGGCUUGUCACAUGGAUCCUCUCCUCGACGACACCAUCGCAUUCGCUCAAAAAAUGCGCAACGCUGGCGGCAAAGUCGAAUCCGUCGACAUCCUCUCAUCCGUUCCACACGGUUUCCUCAACUUCACUCUAAUCUCCCCGGAAUGCAAAAAAUCGGGCAAAGUUUGCAUUCAACGUCUCAAACAAGCGCUCGGUAUUCAAGACGACACAAAUAUUGAUUGA